AUGACUCGUAAUGAAAAUGCAAACUCACCAAUUGACUGGUCGUAUGGUUCAACCCCUCAAAGCCGACUUAACAAUCGCAGCAUGGAGUUUACCGCUGGAAAGAUGAUUGGAGGCACUAGUAUGAUCAACGGUAUGAUGUACUUCCGUACAGCUGUGCCAGAGAUUGAUGGCUGGGAAAGACUUGGUGCUAAAGAAUGGAAUUGGGGUAGCCUGUGGCCGUACUAUAAAGUCGUCGAACGCUUUGUCGACCCAACCCCGGCGCAGGCUGAUGCCGGCGCCGGCGCCGUCCCGGAAUACCACGGCAGAAGCGGUGAGGUUGCUGUUACUUAUCCCAGCCAACUGCUAACAGGAGACUUCUCCUCUACUCUCGCCGCGACAUGGGAAGCCUUGGGUGUCUCCGUUUGCCAAGAUGCAAGCGGCGGAAAGGUUGAAGGCUAUACUGUUCGGCCAAUGAUGGUCGAUAGAGAAUCUGGUCGUCGAGCAAGUGCUGCCGAGGCGUUUUACUACCCCAUUGCCGAUCGACCAAACCUUAGACUUAUACAAGGCACUGCACUCAACUUACUUUGGAUCGGGCGUGCUCAAGGAGAAAAGCAGGCAGCCAGCGGUGUCAAAUACUUGGACGGAGAUGGGAAUGUUCAAAGUAUUAUUGUCAAUAAAGCCGGCGAGGUCAUCAUAGCAGCUGGAGCAUUGGCAACACCAACUAUUCUCGAGGCAUCGGGUGUUGGAAACCCGUCUGUUCUGACAAAGCUGGGUAUCGAAGUCAGAGUCGACCUCCCCGGAGUGGGAGAAAAUCUUCAAGACCAGCCAGACUUGACCUUGUCAUACUCUUCAAAAACCGCGACACCAGGUGUUUUCACCCCUUAUGCGGCGUUUGUCACGGCCAAAGACGUCUUUGGGAAUGGGACAGAAGACAUUGCGGCGUCUACCGAAGCGAACUUGCGAACUUGGGCUGAAACUGUUGCAUCAGCUAGCAACCACAUAGGCCCAGAUGCAAUUGAGUCAAUAUUUCGUCAUCAACACGACCUUAUAUUCAAGAAACACGUCGCUAUUGGAGAGAUUACCAUGGCUUCAUCUAAUACGAUUGCUUCUGAGUACUGGUCCCUGCUUCCAUUUUCCAGAGGAAGCGUUCACCUCCAUUCUAAAACUGCCAUUGGAACUUACAAGGUCGACAUCGACCCGAGGUUCUUCCAAAUCGAUUACGAUCAGCAGUCCUUUAUUGCUCUUAGACGAUUGACGCAGAAAUUUUGGGCGACUGAUCCAGCUGCAAACCUAGUGACAGGCACAAUGGACCCCAAAGCAGAUCAGGUACCGACAGGCGCCACAGAUGAGCAAUGGAAAUCGUUUAUCAAGAGUGCCAGAGUCGAGAUCAAUUACUGUGGUUGA